AUGGCAGACUCAGGCACUAUAAUGGUGUCAGUGGCAUGUAUGGGAGAAUGACCAUGCCCUCCACCAGAAAGCUGAAAUGAUCUGCAAACUGUUCCUCAAGUCAGAGAUCUCUCCUGAACUGUUUUCUUAUUAACUCAUCCUUUGACUGUGCCGUAUCUCGCCCCUCCCAGCCCCCCUGCCCUUCCAUAGGAACAGUCUUAACAUAUUAGAGCUGAUCAAUAGCAUGUGUGAAGUAUUUACCUUGCUAUUUACAUUACAAUUCAAGGAGUAUGAAAUUAGAUUAAAAACUAAUGAGAACACAGACUCCAGGUGGAUAUUGUUAUAAUUUAAAUCCUCUAAGUGUCUAUCUCACCUAUCUCAUGAUUCUAAUCUACCGGUGUCCUCAUUGUCUCCUAUAGAUCAACAUAGUAGAGAGUGCCAAGGAGUCCAUCCAGCAGGCCUUUGCCAUCGGCAAGGUGGACCGAGGACUCUUCUAUGAAGCCAUGAUGGCUAUCUUCCCUAACCUCGUCUUCUGUUGGAAAAAGUGAGUGUGUGAGCAACACCUCAUCCCAAGUGUGCCCAGCACCUUCUAAAACCCUCCCCACCUUUUGCCCACAGGAAUGAUAAAUUAUGACUAAGGCCAAACGAUUUUUCCCGACCAUGUGACCUUUUACUAUCUGAUUGUUAUUUUUAUUUAUUUUACCUUUAUUUAACUAGGCAAGUCAGUUAAGAACAAAUUCUUAUUUACAAUGACGGCCUACACCGGCCAAACCCGGAUGACGCUGGGCCAAUUGUGCACCGCCCUAUGGGAUGAUGACUGUAUUUGCCUUGCAGGUUCUAUAGCCAGAAGGUGAAGAAAGCUAUAGUUGGAGAUAAUGCUGAGAAAGAAGACUCCACAGCUCUUCCUGACUACCUCCAUCGCUUCAACUCUGACUGGUACCAAAAGGUCCAAACUACCAUGUCCAUGACAGGUGAGUCCUGAGGGAUGUUAUUUCAACACAGUUUUUCAUAUAAAAUGAUGAACCCAUAUAUAGUUAGACUUAUGGAAACCUAAUUAUUUAGUGGUGUGUGGGGUUUUGUGUGGUAAAUCUGUUUAUCUAAGUACACUAAGAUUGUCCUCUAUCUCUGUCCACAGACGACUACAUCACCCUUAGGUUUACAUUGUGGUCUCAAUCUGGUCCUCUCUCAAAUCCGCUCCUCAGAGUAAGUUCUAAGUUCCCAACCAACUGUCAUGAAGUAGUGGUGACCCAUGCAGUGACCAGUUCAGUUGUUUCUCUGUUUUGUUUUUUACUGCUGUACUUCCCUGUACUUACUGUGCAUCUCUUAUCGUUUCUGCUAGAUUUCCACCACAGGAGGUGUCCAAUCGACACAGAAAGUCUGCCGGUCCCAUUCUCAGGUAAGCCUAUAAAUGCACCUCAUAGAGUUUAGUGGUACAUAUCUAUUACAGUACUGCAAUUACAGUUAGUAUUGGGAGGAAUCCAUUUUGUUAAAUGUUGUUUUAGUCCUCAAAUGUCUCUGCCUCGUUCUGACUUAACCCACUCGUUCUCUGGAUCCUCACUCUCAAAAAUCAAAGAGAAGGACUGGUCUAUCUUUUUAAUAAUAUAACUAAAGACUAUAUAUUUUCUAUAUGAAUAAUACAGCAAGGUUAUUAACAUUUUAUAUGGAUAGUUAGGAUAAGUCAGCACCAACAGCUACAAAACAGAUGUGAAUGGGGAAAGCCUUUUUAUACAUGUCUGCUCAUUCACCAGCAGGGGGAACCACUGACCAAUACAGAGCACUGCUAUCAGAUCUAUUAUGGCAAUGACAUCGAUUAUUUGCCAUAUACAUUUUUAGCAUGCAAUAUUGUUUUGGUAGUUAUUUCUCCAAUUCCAUUAGUAAGAAAAUAUAUCUAAUGUAGUCAAACGUUUGGUACGGACUGUGUGUUGAAGUGCUGUGUGUUGAAGUGUCUCAUCCAGUACAAUAAUCUCCCUAUGGAGCUUUGUACUCUUUGUCCCAGGAGGGAUAGAGGUUUGUCUGAGGCUAAGAUCAGUAGAGACAAAGCAUUAAGCGAGAUUCAAUUUCCAUACAAGUCUUUCAUCCAUGACACCGACCCUCCCCCUCCCCCCAACCUCCCAACUGCACAGACUAAAUAUUUUCCCCCUCUCAAAACACUCCUCCCCUCCCCUCCCCUCCCUUCUCUCACCCCUCCAUCCCCCUCUCUCUUCCUCCACAACCUCAACCCCUGUUGUCCCAUGUCUGUCAUAUAUCAGUAUGUCUGUUGAUACUCAGGACCCAUCUAAACCCAGGAUAAGAGUCCACCUUAAAAAUAAAUAAGGCUAACAAUAUGCCUGUCUCUUAGCUUUAAAUGUCCCAUGCAUUAUAUCACUAAGCCAAUGACCCAAAGUCUUCCCCUGUGACUUGUCACCACUGGAGAUGUAAAUCAAAGCUAAAGGGGUCUUUUGGGAUGCUGCUUCCCUAAUCCAUUUAACACUUUAUUUGAAUCAUCAAUAACCAAAGACUACUUACAUUAAUUAAUAUGGCAUCAUUAAAUACUGUAAAUUGUGCUUGAAAGGCCAUUUGUACCAAUCCUGCUUGGAUUCAAUACUUAGUGUUGUGACUCAGGCACAAAGUACAUGAUUUUCAGCUUAGAAUUUGUUUUAUAUUGUGGUUACAGUGAGGUCCAAAAGUAUUGGGACAGUGACACAUUUGUUGUUGUUUUGGCUCUGUACUCUAGCACAUUGGAUUUGAAAUGAUACAAUAAUCAAGAGGUUAAAGUGCAGACUGUCAGCUUUAAUUUGAGGGUAUUUCAUCCAUAUCGGGUGAAAGUGAGACAGUUACAGAGGCAUAAAUAUCAUGGGGGGGGGAUAUUUGUGCCUCUGUAAAUGUCUCACUCAUCAUUAUUCACGAUUCAUUCAGGAUUAUCCGCAAUCAUGGUAGCAUCCACAUGAAUGUAGAAGUGUUCAGAAACAUAUUCUAUUGUUAUUUACAAUAAAAGUGACUCCAGAAUGACACAAUACAUUAUUUACCAAACUGCAAAUGCAAAUGGGGCUGUUUUUCAUGGUUCGGGCUAGGCCUCUUAGUUCCAGUGAAGGGAAAUCUUAACGCUACAACAUACAAUGACAUUCUAGACGAUUCUGUGCUUCCAACUUUGUGGCAACAGUUUGGGGAAGCCCUUUCCUCUUUCAGCAUGACAAUGCAUCCAUGCACAACGCGAGGUCCAUACAGAAAUGGUUUGUCAAGAUCGGUGUGGAAGAACUUGACUGGCCUGCACAAAGCCUUGACCUGAACCCCAUCGAACACCUUUGGGAUGAGUUGGAACGCCGACUGCAAGCCAGGCCUAAUCGCCCAACAUUCUAACAUCUAGUGGAAAGCCUUCCCAGAAGAGUGGAGGCAGUUAUAGCAGCAAAGGGGGGGACCAACUACAUAUUAAUGCCCAUGAUUUUGGACUGAGAUGUUCGACGAGCAGGUGUCCACAUACUUUUGGUCAUGUAGUGUACUCAGAACUGAGGUCAACAUGUGAUUUUCGAAUGGAGACGAUGAUAUUUAAUUCCCAUGAUGCCUUCUGGAAUGAUAAGGCAUUCUGCCUCUUCUAUGUCAAAAUCAGAGCUGCUGACGGAGAAAGAGGCUCAGUGCUAG